AUGGAGCCAGAAGCCUUAGAAAUUUGCCCUUACAACCCUCACCACCGAAUCCCACUCAGCAGAUUUCAGUACCACCUGGCAUCAUGCCGGAGAAAGAACCCUAAGAAAGCCAAAAAGAUGGCCAGCUGCAAAUACAACGCCUGUCACGUGGUCCCCAUCAAGAAGCUGGAGGAGCACGAGGCUGCCUGUGUCAACAGAAGCACAGUGGAGGAAGAGGACAGCCUGAGUCCCCUGAAGAUCAACCUUCCAAAUGCCGGGCAGAAGGGCAACAGAGAUGCCUCUCCGUCUUUCAUUCCCCAGAAGCUUGUUUGCGAAAGCGACACCAGAGAGUCAGAGACAGACCACCACACCCCAUCCCUGACCGCCCCCCUAGAAAUCAUCAGACCGGGAGAGUGA